AUGAAGUUCUCCCACUCGCUUAAGUUUAAUGCUGUGCCUGAGUGGCAGGAUAACUACCUUAAUUACACGGGUCUUAAGAAAGUUAUCUAUGUUGCUCAGCAGAACCAGUUGGAAAACGGUCAGCCUCAAGAUGGAUCUGUGACGGUGAAUAAUGCCACCAUUACUGAGUUGGUUAGAAUCGCCAGAAGAAACCAGGCCAUCUUGGACCGUCGUGAUGCUAUGGCUCACGCAAACGAAGAAGAGUCGCUGGAAAAAUUUACAGCAUCAAAGUUCAUCAAUAAGUUUAAGCAAAGGAAAAAUGCCGCAAACGCAAAGACCACACCUAGUCCAGAGCCUUCACUGAAUGAAUUGGAGAAGGGCGAGGUGACUGUGGAAAAGGACGAUGUCAAUGACAUACAAGUGACUUAUUCUUUUGACAACGAUGAGUCCACCUACCGUGGGUCCAUCGACUUGGAUGCAAUGACAGCUGCGGCAGAGACUAUUUCUUCGGAGUCCUCAGACCCUCUCCCGGUUUUUGCCAAGCAUUUGGUAGACGAGGUGACUAAAAUAGAUAAGUUCUUCAAGCCAAAGGAAGUUGAGGUUUACAAGCAAUACGAUAACCUUAUCAAAGAUUUGGAAGCCAACAAGCAGCAUGUGGAGGACUACCUUUUCACUGAUGCUUACGGCAAAGACAAUUAUGACGAAAACGAACACAGAAACCUCCAUAUCAAGUCUACUUUGGAGAGAACAUUGAGCAAUGCCUCUGUUUUUGAUACUGUCAACCAUUUGGACUAUGAAGACCUCGAAAAGGGUGAUUUCAUGGAUGAGGAGGAAGAUGACGACGAUGAUGAUGAAGAUGAUCAUGAUCGCCGCUCCAACUCGGCUUUGCUUGGUCGCCACGAUUUCAACAUCAGAAACCAGAAGCAAAUCACUUUGAAGCAAAGAUCGAUCCACAUGUUUAUCACUUUGAGUGAGUUGAAAUCGUUCAUUGAGUUGAACAGAAUCGGUUUCACCAAAAUUUGCAAGAAGUUCGACAAAACAUGCAAUUAUUCCGUGAAGGAGGAUUUUGUUGCCAACUUCUUGCCUCACAACUCUAGAGCUUUCUUUCCAGAGACGUCUGAAAUCUUGGACGACAGAAUUGACCAUGUGGUGCGUGUCUACGCUUUCCUUUCAGGCAAAGCUGUUAACCUGGCUUCUCCAGAAGAUUUGGAACCAGUGAAGGAUGAACUCAGAACGUACUUGAGAGACCACAUUGUUUGGGAAAGAAACACCGUUUGGAAGGAUUUACUUUCCAUCGAGAAGAAACAGUUCAACUUGAAUCUUGAUGAGAGUGCCGCUAGAAACAACAAGAUGGGAGAUGAGGCCAACUCUCAGUCUUUGCUUCUGAUGCGUUGGAGAAAGAUUAACAUGCCCUUCGGCUGGUCUGUCGGUAGGUUCGAUUACUUUAAGGUGCCCGAGUUCAUUUUCUCCACUCAGAUAAUCAAACUCGCUAUUAUUAUUCCAGUAUUCAUUGUCUUGUUGACUGUGAAAACAAUGAAUGACAAAGAGGAAGCUCGUUGUUUAGCGGUCUUGGCUGCUUGUGCAAUGUUGUGGGCCUCUGAAGCUUUACCCUUGUGGGUAACUUCGUUGUUGGUGCCUUUGCUUGUUGUUACUUGUAAAGUCUUGAAGAAUGAGGAAGGAACAGCCAUGGACGCUGCAGAUGCUUCUAAGAAGAUCUUGUCUGCUAUGUGGUCCUCAACGCUUAUGAUUUUGCUUGGUGGAUUUACUUUGGCUGCUGCUUUGUCCAAGUACAACAUUGCAAAGAUUGUCUCCUCGUACAUGUUGGCAUUGGCUGGAACGAAACCAAGAAACAUUCUCCUUGCUAUCAUGAGUGUAUCUUUGUUCUUGUCAAUGUGGAUCUCCAAUGUCGCUGCUCCUGUUUUGGCUUACUCCUUGAUCCAGCCUGUAUUAAGAACACUUCCAACGACUUCUCCACUUUCCCAGGCGUUAGUGUUGGGUAUUGCUUUGGCAUCUAACCUUGGUGGUAUGGCUUCUCCUAUUGCUUCCCCUCAGAACGUUAUUGCCAUCGAGUACAUGGACCCUAAUCCUGGUUGGGGUAAAUGGUUCGCCAUUGCUCUCCCAGUGGCUAUCUUGUCCAUGGGUGGUAUCUGGAUGGAGUUGAUUAUGACAUUUAAGAUUUCGCAAAAUAAGGUCAAGGCUUACAAACCCAUUAAAGAGAGAUUCACAGUCAAACAGUGGUAUAUUUCCAUUGUGUGCAUUGCUACUAUUCUUCUUUGGUGUGUCUUGAGUGAGAUUGAAGACACCUUCGGCUCGGCUGGUAUCAUUGCCGUCGUACCGAUCGUUUUGUUUUUUGGCACAGGCCUUUUGAAGGUCGAUGAUGUUAAUAAUUUCCCAUGGACAAUCAUUUUGUUGGCUAUGGGAGGUUUAGCAUUGGGUUCUGCAGUUACCAGUUCUGGCCUUUUAGCCACUGUUGCAAAAGCUCUACAGGAAAAAGUCGCUGACUUUGAUGCAUUUGUCGUAUUGGCAAUUUUUGGUAUUUUGGUUUUGGUUGUCGCCACCUUCGUAUCUCAUACGGUGGCCACCAUUAUCAUCGUGCCAUUGGUGAAGGAGGUCGGAGACUCCAUGUCUACGCCACAUCCUUCGCUUUUAAUUAUGGGUACAGCAUUAAUGGCUUCUGCUGCUAUGGGUUUGCCUACUUCAGGUUUCCCUAACGUUACUGCCAUUAGUAUGACUGACGAAGUUGGUCAAAGAUACAUUUCGGUGAACACAUUCAUUACAAGAGGUGUUCCAGCAUCUCUUAUAGCAUACGUGAUUACUAUUUCCGUUGGUUAUGGUAUCAUGACUUGCUUAGAUUUCUAA